AUGUCGACCGUGCCCAAGUUGGACCUCUCGGGCAUCCGCAACAAGGUCGUGCGUGGUCAACUGCUCGCCAAGCAGAAGCGCGACAAGGCGCAGGCCAAGCUGAAGCGUCGUAUCGCGAGGAAGGAGGCCGAGAAUCGAGGGGAGGAGGUGGAGAAAGGUAUGAAAUGUUUAUCUGUUGCUUAGCUUGGAGAGAUUGCAGAAAGCUUACACUAUAUGAACUCCUCUGCAUUCGCCGUGCGCCGUGCAUCUCCUUGGACUUCCGUCCUGCAUCGGGUUUCGGUCCCUCGUCUUGUUCCGAUCGCUCUUCCCUCGUCCACAGGAUGGACCCGUACGAUUGAAAACACUCGUGAAUGGCUCGGAGACUCGGAAGAAUUCGCCGACGCACGCACACGUCCCGCGCCCGUCAAAGUCGACGACGCAACAGGAGACGUCACCGUCGACCUCGGCACACUAGCAACCCUCUUCCCGGCCUCGACGGCCGCUCCUCACGUCGAAGGGCAACCCGUUCCUAGGGAACCCAAGAUGUUGAUUACGACCAGUCCGGGAAAACCCCCGGCACCGUUUACGAGGGAUUUCUUGGCCGAUUUGCAGGCUUUGAUGGGGGGCAAGAGUAGGGCCGAUAUCGUGCCUCGCAAGAGUCCAAAGUUCGAACUCGGUCGAGUCGCUCGAUGGGCUCGUAAACGUGGGUACGGGGCCAUCGCCGUCGUAGGUGAAGAUCAUGCCAAACCGACGACCUUGACACUGUCGUUGUUACCCCAUGGUCCGACGGCACAUUUCCGUCUCACGGGAAUCACCUUGGGCAAGGACAUUCCGGGCCACGCGAAAUCGACGUCCCACCCACCCGAAUUGGUCCUCAACCACUUCUCCACCCCCUUGGGUCUUUCCCUCGCUUCCUUACUCUCCCACCUCUUCCUGCCUCCUUCCGCCGCCGACCUGCUAGCUCGACAAGGUUACCAAGGUCGUCAAGUCGUGCUCGCGCAAAACUCGCGCGACUUCGUCUUCAUCCGAAGGUAUCGCUACAUGUUCGCACUCAAGGGGGAACGGUUGGGCAGUAAGAAGAAAGUCGGGUUGGAGAGGCAACAACCUGAGGAUCAGGAGGAGGACGAUACGAUCAAGACGAGGUUCCAGGAGAUUGGGCCGAGGAUGACGGUCAAGAUGAGGUGGAUUAGGAGGGGGGCUUUGGGGGAGACGGGGGAUGAGAGGAGUGAGAGGGAGAGGAAUGAGAAAGCUGCUGGGGUGGGCGAAGGGGAAGGCACGUUCGGGGAAGUUGCGCAGGGUGAGGAUCCGGAAUUGGGAGAGGUUGGGGGGUCGGGCAGCAGGAGGAAUAAGGGCAAGGGAAGGGCUGGGGAUGAUAACGAGGAGGAUGAGGAGGACGAGGAGGAGCAAGAAGCCGAGGCAGCUCGAGCGAUCGGUUUAGGGGAAGGUGAGGAUGCGGGAACACUGUCCAUCGAUCCUGAAACGGGUGCAGCAAGGUCCCAAGCCAAAGACAUCGACAUGGCCGACGGGGAAAGCGCGCCGACCGAAGCCCCUCGGAAGAAGAAACGACCUCGCACGACCCCUCGCAAGCGCUCGAAACCUUUCCACCCCCUCUUGCGACCUCGCGCCAACUCGGCCUCACCACCACCGGGGGAACUAGCCGAACCGGGGCCAAUCCCUCUUCCGCCCAAGAAUGGGAAGAAGAAGGACGCGAAUAAUGCGAGCGUGUUGAGUUCGGUCGGCAAGACGUGGCAUGCUGGGCGAGGCGAGGGAGGUGUGAGGGAGGCCAAGAAGCGGCAGGAAUGGGGAUGGGAGGUGAGUGGCCUGGGGCCUUUCUUUAUCUGUUGGUGUUUUAUGUUCCCGCUUGCUGAUACCUCACUCGUCUUUCUCAGGCCAAAAUGCAAGUCAGCCGUCGCAAGUUCUUCCUGUGA